UCUUGCACUUGCAGUUUACCGCUAUCCUCUGAUUGGUCAAUACCUCCUCGUAGUAAUCGACAUGCUAAUCAGUCCUUUCGGCUUAGGUGAGCGGUGAUCUCUGUCAUUCGCUCCACACGGCCACUUCUCAACUUGCGACUGCUGCAAGUCGUAGCUAGAGCCAUGGGUGGAAGCUACAGCAGACUUGGCUGUGUACGGUCACAUCAAGAUGACCACCAGCUCGACGGAUCAGACGAACGAGGUUUCGGUGUGACGUUGAUGAAUCCUGUCAAGUCUGUGGACUCGGCGUCGACGCACUCGUCGUCAUCACGUCAGUCUCGAGCGACUUAUGUCUAUGAAUCUGAUUGGAGUGAUGUUGUAGCCAUGAAGAGGAAAUGGGAAGAAGAUUAUGCAUUGACUGAAUUCAGUCCCAAGCUCUAUACAAGAUUGGGCUCAAAGUGGUUGCUACAGACUAUUGCUCUCGCAGUUUUUUCACUUUACUAA